GAAAUAGAACCCGAUUCUGUUGAUGCUGGUGCAGCGGAUCGUUGACCGAAUAUAGCAAUCCCAACUCCUAGUGCAUCCCCCCCCCCAAUCUCUCGACUCACUUAGUCAAAGCCUGAACUGUCUUCGGUUGGAUAAGAUUGAUUUGGCUUAUAUGAUGGUGCAUUGGCAUAAAGCUGGUGAAUGGAGUCUCGUGCUCAAUGGGUCUUGCAGAAUUCAGGCUGUUAACGAAAAUGGGGAAACUUUCAUUGAGGAUGUAACUGAGGGAGAUGUCUGGUUUUUUUUUCCCUCCGUAAGUCAUUAUGCUUGUCUUGAUGAUGGGACCUUCUCGGAAGAUAAUACCUUCCUUGCCUCUGAGAUACUUUCUCACAAUCCGCCGGCUCAUAAAGUUGCGGGAGGUACGGUUAAAAUUGUCGAUUCCGUAACGUUCCCUAUCGCCACCAAUUUUGCAGCCGUUGUGGUGACUCAUUCAUCAUCGAAAUGGCAUUGGCUUGGUUGUGGAAAAUGGGCGACUCUUUUUGAAGCAUCCGAUACUGCGACAACUUUCGAUUACCGAGCUGGGGAUGUUGGAUACUUCCCAAUGUCUCAAACCCAUUAUAUUGAAAACACAGGACAUCAAGACCUCGUCUUUCUAGAGGGUUUACAAGCGGACAAGUUUACCGACAUUUCCGUUGGUCAAUGGCUUGGAUCCACGCCUAAACCAAUUGUUAAAGAUACUUUAAACCUCCCCAACAGCGCUUUAGCAAAGUUGAAGUCCGAGAAGCAGUAUUGA